UCCCUGCAGCGCCCGGCGCGGUGUGGGGAGGCGGCCGCGCUCCCGCCCGCCCCGCCGCCGCCGCCCCGAGCACCCGCAGAAAAUGAUGCACCCUGUUGCCAGCGGUAAUCCAGCUUUCUGUGGGACCGGCAAGAGCUCUUGCCUGAGCGAGGACAAUGUGAGAGCCGCGGAUCAGUUCGACCUUUACGCCAGCCAGCAGAGCAAGUACGGCCACGCGGUCGCCCACAAACCCAUCGCCUGCCAGAGACCCGACGCCUUGGGCGAGUCGCACUUGCAGACCACGAGUGGCAGGAGUUUAGAGACAAAAGAUGAACUGAAGAAAAAGAAAAACCUCAACCGCUCCGGCAAACGUGGGAGGCCCUCAGGGACCACCAAAUCAGCAGGGUACCGGACCAGCACAGGCCGACCCCUGGGGACCACCAAAGCAGCUGGAUUUAAGACAAGUCCAGGCAGACCCUUGGGUACAACUAAAGCAGCAGGAUACAAAGUCAGCCCAGGCAGACCUCCAGGUAGCAUUAAAGCUCUCUCACGGCUUGCAAAUCUAAAUUAUACUUGUGGCAGUGCAGCUUUUCCUUACCCUAUGGUGCAUAGCAGAGGAGUACAUGCUGCUGGUGAAACUAGUGGCAAAAUCAAACAGCCUAAUGAAUGAGAGGAGGGAAUUAGGAACUCCCUGCUAAUCUGCUUUACGCUGAUUUUGGGCAUGGUUCUUGCGUUCUGUUGUAAUGUUUGUCUCAGUCUGGGUUUCUAGAUUUUAUUUCUAUUCAGAUAAUGCCAGAGCCUACGGGUGCAGUUCAUAACAUUUACAGUCACGUUGAAAAGGCUUUGGUUUAAAGGUGCUUUUGUUGGGCUUAAAUCAUAAUUGAUAAGGAAGUCUGAAGUGAUGAAUUACGCCUUGGUGUCGAUACUUAGGUAACGUCCACGUCCCUAAUUUUACAUCCAGUUUCUCACAAACCUAGAUGUGGUGAUGCAUUAAGUAUUUGAAAUAAGGAGGACAGAAUUAGCUGGCUGAUGGAUCAUGAUGUGACCUGUCCCAAAAUAAGCAACUUAGGCAGUUAAGUUCUUACUUGAUAAGAAAAACUGAUCAAAAAAGCAGCGAGCUACAUUUUCCACUUCUGCUGGAGCCUCUUCAGACCUCAAAUAGAUACUUAAAAACUUAAAUAAAAAAAAAUCCCCAGCCUUUUCUUUUGAAGAUGAUUUCAGGUGGCUUUUGUUUCGGGAGUCGUAGCAUUAAGUGAAUUACAACUAGUACUCCAAAAAUACUUUUGAAGAUACUAGAGAGACCUGAGCAUUUGUACAGUUUGUUACAGCUUCACAGCCUUACUAAGACAAGUGAAUUUGCCGUUGGGUGAGAGCUGUUCUCUUAGCUACGCUGUUUCUGCUGUGUAAUUGUGAAAUGCCUAAUAGUACAUAUACCAAACCAUGAAUAAUUCUUUGAGAUUUGAAAUAUUUUAUACGAAAUUAAGUACUGUUCAUUCCAGUUAGGCACUUGGUUAAUAUUAAGCAGUAAGUUCUUAAAUCUGUAAAUAGCUAUUUACGCUGGCUUUGGCCUUUAAAUCCUCUGCUUAGAUGGCGACAGUUUAAUAGCUUUUAAAGUGUUAACCUAUAAUGUUUACAGAUUAAACUUUUUAAAUACACACUGUUGCCAAAUUUUUAGGCUCAAUUUUGCCAGAUAUUCCUGGGAAUACAGUAAUUUCGUUGUUUGACACUUAUACUAUAUUUAAGUUAUGGAAGCUUAUAUAUCUACCAAAGGACACCAUUUUCAUGAUUUAUAAAGGCAAACUGUAUAGCUGAUGCAAACAGGAUGCAGUUUACUGCACUGCUACACCCCAGAUGCAGAGUAAUUCAUCUAUGCAUGCAGGCUGGAAAAAAAAAAUGUUGUUGGUUAACUAUAAAUACCUUUCUUGACUCAAACUAAAACCUUCCCUCCUCCCAAAAGAAAUGCUCCAUUUUUCAACUGGGUGUGUUUUUGGUUUUUUUUUUUUUUUCAAGUGUGAGAGAGUGCGUGAAUGUGUAAAAUACUUUCAUCUAGACUUCAAAAAAAUCAGUCCUCAAUGUUGCAUAUUCUUGGUCCUAAAUUUAUUUGACUGAAAUUAAAGCUUAUUUUUAAUCUGGAAGAAAGUUUACAUUUUAGUCAUUUCACAUAUAAAAUGACUUUGUGAUAAAUUUGUAGCUUGAAAUAUCUGGGGAGGGGGGAGUUUGCAGGUCUGGGGGAGCAUAAAAAUUUGGGUUAAUUGAGCUUGUGCUGAAUGGGUAAUGAUGCUGAUAAUUUUUGUUGACAUAAAUGCUAUUCUGGCCUGCUGUCGUUUUGAUGAGACCUCUUGAUUUCAGUGCUGACAAUUUAAGAAACGGAUGUCAUGUUUCAUACCUUUUUUAUCAGGAAAAAAGCAGCAAGCCUUCAGGUGUUCCAGUGAUGCCUAACACAUAUUGAGCUGGACUUUUGCUGUACUUUACAAUAGGUGUGUUGAAUGGUUUUGGGGGCACUGUGUAUGCACUGGCAACUAAGACAAUGAACCUCAACUUAUACUGGAUGGCUCCUUAGUCGAUAGAUGAACUAAUGGCAGCUAAACUGCUCCUAAGGAAUAGUUUCUUCAUGCUGAAGCUCUGAAAUCCAGUUGUACGUUCUGUUCCUCAGCAAACUCUCCGGUCUGACCUUUAGCAGCCCCUCUCAGAACGAUGUCACUUCUGACACGUGCAAAUGCUCACGUGAGUUCAUUCACCCUCAGGAUCUGUGCUGUGGUGGUGGCUGUUUUUAAUCAGAUGAUUUUUCAACUAAAGACUGCUUUAAAAAGUUCUUUCCUGAACUCAGCUGGGCAAGCAGUCCUCUUCAGCUGAAUGUAUCACUGCAGGAGUGUCACACCUCGCUGGCAAGGAACGUGUUGCAUGUCACCACUGUCCCUUGGAGAAACUCCACUCCUUACCUCCUCCUGUUUAUCCUGUUGGCUCCUGCUCCGUUCCUCACUUGUGCAUCCACUCACUGGUGCUGUGCUGUGUGUCAGGAGAUAAUGCAGAUGUAUUGCUGUUCUGCUAGUAUAAUUUGUAUUCAAGUAUGCUGAUGAAAUAAUGAAAUCACCUAAGCAAUUUCUGUUCAUUACAGUGUUUAUUAAUUAUAUCAGAUGGAAUAUAAUCCCAGUAAAAACUAAUUAAUGUUGUCGGUUGUGAAAUGAUGAGCAUCAAGUAGAAAAGCGUUCAGAGUCUGUAAUGGGCUGCUUGGCACUCCAGAUUUAGGAAGGAGACCAAGUGCAGUGCUGGGCACUCCCUAAUUCUGCUCUGGUUUAUAGCUGACUGCAGUUUACUGGUGCCCUGCAGCGAGGGGGAAGGAAAAAGAGGGUAAGAGAUUCAAAGAGACUCGAAAUGGAAUUUUUAAAUACUCCUGCUCUUCCUGUGUAUACUCUGCAGAAUACAUUGUGCUUUUUUCAACACUUUUCUUUCCAUGAGAAACACUGAAAACAGCAUGUUAAUGCCUCAACUUUAUUAGUACCAAUGGGAAAACUGGCCUUUUCCCCCCAUAGUAUGAAAACAUUACUUGUAAGGUAAAAUUGCUUAUUUUAUAUUCUAUAUCAUAAUUCAGCUAUUCAUAAGCUAGGAUCACUGUGGUGUGUUAACACUGUUCAGAAGACCGACAUGUCAAGUUUGGGUUUUAAUAAUUUCUUUUAAUUAUCAAGUUUCUAACGUCUUAUUUAUACAUAAAUGAAAUGUACUAGCUUGCUAUUAUUCCUUAAUGAUGCUAUACAAGUUCACUGUUUAAUAUACAUAUAGUAACUACUAUUCAUCUUUGAUUAAAUUUACUUAAACUUUAAAACCAAAUAAUUUUGCUACUAUAAAGUCUUGCACUGGACAGAUUCAAGAUGCUAGCACCAUAUUUUGGCAGAAACAAGUCAGACACCAUCAGAAGCAGCUGACUUUGAUAUCAAAGAUAGUAUUUUUGAAAUCAGCACUUAGCUUUGUCAUUGAAGCAAUGUUCUUUAUAUCUUGGAUUUAUUUGAACUAAUUGAAAUAACUAGAGCCAUUAAAGAUCUCUCUUCUGAAUGAAUAUAUUUUCAUUUUGUCUGAAGGAUCUUAAGAGUUCAGUCAGGACAAGACCAAGCGUUGUCAGUGACGAGUGAUGUGUCUGUGAAAAGAAUUACCUGGAACUACAAAACACAGAGUAAUUCAGAUGAGAAUUUAAAACUCCCUCCCCCAUUUUUGAAGAGCUUUAAAAGGCAGAGCAAUGUGAAGUCAUUUGUGUGAUGGUUUCAUUGGCUGUGGCUCUGCUGUUCUUUGUUAUAUGUAUAAUAAUGUUUCACACUAUCCUUAGAGUUGACAGUUAAAGCAGCUGAUAACAAUCAUAAACACUUGGAACUGCAGACUUCAUUUCUGACCACAAAAGAAGUUUAUUCUUCUCUAUUUUAAUGCAUAUAUUUUAACACUGCUUAAAUAUAUUUAUGACUUUAGUAGAGAUUAGACCCCUCUCCUUGUGAUUUUUUUUCCCCAAAUAGAAAAAUCUGUAUUCUAAAAUUUGAACCACUUUUCUGAUACUUUUAAUCUUUCAUCAUUUUCUUUUCCACAAGGUUUACUUUGGGGGAAACAAUAAUCUGUUCAUUAACUAGUAUCAGCACCCUGUCCUCUGCUGUAAAAAGCCUGAUUAGAUACUGUGUAUGUUUUUAUGUCCAUGAACUUGAGCUACUCGUGUGCAAUUAUGUGUAUGGGAAUGGAGUAGUGUUCAUGAUCUGUAUUUACAUCAUCAUAUGGAUGUAUAUUUAUUAAUAAAGUUAAUACUUUAAAACCUAA